AUGUGUUUGCCCCUAAAGUUUAUUCAAUUGUUUAUCAGAAUAAACUGCUUUUGCUUUAUUAUCUUGGGGAUUGUGCUGAUCUCUUAAGUGUUUGUGACAUUGAGUGAUGAUGUGAGCAAUGACGGCAACGUAUUCAAUCAAGAAUUAUUCUUAGGGAAUUGUAUUUACAUUUUCAGUGGGCAUUGCAGUUAUUAUAGUGGGAGCAUCUGGCUUAUUAAGUUCGUAUUGUCCAAACUUCUGUAUCAUUUUUAUUUAUUCUUGCUUCAUCAUUUUUAUAGGAGUUUUGACAGUCUAUAUAACAAUCUCAUUAACUAUUUUAAAAGAUUAAUUGUUUAGUGAUAAAUUCGAUUGUAAGACCUCAGAAUUACCAGCUGCUCAAAAAACAAAAGAGUAAAUAUUAUGGGCAGAAACUCAGUUUUGUAAACAUGACUGCAUUUGUUACAUCGAGAGAAUCCAAGACUGGAAUUCAGACUACUUGGAGAACAAUAGAAUACAUUACACAACAAACAAAUAAAUGAGCGAUAUAACAUCUUAUUAGAAAUGCAAAAAAUGGAUUAAAAUUGAAGGAGCCUCCUCUUCUUAUAUUGCAUUUUUAGAAGAAAAAUAUCAUUGCUCAGGAUGGUGCAAGUCUCAUCCCGUUUACUUAUUUUCAAAUAUCAACAAUGGAAUCCCGUAUUUUAAUAUUUAAUAUAAGAAAAGAUGCUUGCUAUAGAUAUUUUGAGUAGGAAUAUGAGUAUUAUGUGAACAAAUCGUACAUAGACUAUCUAAUAGUGGAUUUUCUGUACCUAUUCAAUUUAUGCUUCGCAAUUUGCUAGUGCUAUUAGACAAACAGAUAUAAAAAUUCUAGAAUCUAUCCUCAGAUACUUUAUGAAUUGGCCUCUUAAUGAAAUUCUAAACUGUACUAAAUAAAUGAAAUAC